AUGACCAUAUGAUUGUUGAUUAUUGUUGAUCUAUAAUUGUUGAUGGUAGAUGUUUAAUAGAUCUUUGCAUAUACAUCGUAAACAACAAAACAACAAUUAAUAAGUACUGAAUAAGUACCCACUAUCGUAGGCAAUCAUAAGUGAUUGAAGAAGUUGUUGCAUACAAAGUAAAUCAUGGCAACGGCAAAUACCGAUAAAAUCGCAGAGAGACGUAGUCGAGUUUUAUUAGGUCCUUUACCUGAUGACUUUUUACGCAUAUCCAUUUCACCACAACAACAACAAGAGGCUGCUGACAGACAAGCAGCACUGGCUUUACAUCAGCAAUAUAUUUCUGGUAGCCCUUACAUAGCUAACACAUUAGGUAGGCUAAGUAUUACAGUUGCUCAAGCUAAAUUAACUAAAAAUUAUGGCAUGACUCGUAUGGAUCCAUAUGCUAGAAUUCGUGUUGGACAUUGUGUUUAUGAAACUCAUACUGAUCCUAAUGGUGGAAAGAAUCCUCGAUGGAAUAAGGUUAUUCAAUGUCUUUUACCUCAAGGAGUUAACACUAUUUCUAUAGAAAUAUAUGAUGAAUGUUCAUUUACAAUGGAUGAAUUAAUUGCAUGGGCCACUAUUACUAUCCCCCAACAAGUGAUGACAGGAGAAACUCAUGAAGAUUGGUAUCCAUUGAAUGGAAAGCAAGGAGAAGGUGUGGAAGGAAUGAUUAAUUUAGUACUUUCUUUUACACCUACCCCUCAGUCUUACAUUUAUACACCUCCUCCAGUGAUGAUGGUUCCAACUGUUGGUAGUUCCAGAGUUGCAACACCUGUCACUGUGUAUCCUGCACCAGCUGGGAUUCAGAGACCACCUGUGCCUGUUUUAAGUGAACAAGAAUAUAAGCAGAUAGAGGAGAUGUUUCCGAAUAUUGACAAAGAGGUAAUUAAAUCCGUAUUUGAGGCUAACAACGGUAAUAAAGAUGGUACCAUCAAUUCACUUUUGCAAAUGUGCGAAUAAGUUGAAAAUUAAUUUUUCUCGUAUAUUGUUUUUGUUAAAGUUUGUUAAUUUUACUUCUUUUGUUAUUUUUAAGGUGCCAAAAAUAACCAUUAUUUUAUCUAUUGUUAAAAUACUUUAAUUAUUACAUUAUUUUUACUGUAUCAAUUCAAUUUUAGAAAAGAUAGAGAGAUUAACAGUUAAUAUAUAAAACGUAUUUAUCGUUAGAUUUUUUGUAAACGAAUUAGGACUGCUCAUUAUAAAAUAUUUCUAUUUAAAUUUGAUGUUACAAGCUAACGUACAUUAGAAAUUCUAACUGUUAUUAUAGACUUCAUAGCAUUACGUUAUAUACGUAUCGAAUGAAUGUUUUGUGAUAUUUUUUUUAAACGUAUUAAAAUUUUUUAUGUAAUCCCAUAAAAACGUAAAUGUAAUAAAUAAAAAU